AUGGAAUUUGCAGCAUUCAGCAUGACUGUUGGUAUUGCCGAAGCCUAUCUGCGUAGAAUUUACAGUGACUAUGUUGGCAAGUCCGGGAAGACAUUCUCUAAAAUGUACGCGAAACUCCUGACUACCUUGCUUUUUGCCGCUCUAUUCUCCGUAGCCAUUGCAAGUCCUUACGAAAAGAAAA